AUGGAUUUGUAUCAGCAGCAGCUCGUUGAGCUCAACGCGGCGCACACUAUGCUUCUCGCAGACCAAGAACAACUUGCUGCGCUGCUGGGGGCCCCCCCAAACCCUCAGGGGCCCCUCAGCGAAGAUUUGCUGCUGCUGAAAAAGGGUUUAGAUUUGCGGCUGUUGGAGUUUCAAGAAGACUGCAGGAGAAUUCAAAAAACGGAAAAGAUGCUGCAGCGGCAGCUCGACGAGCUUUCUCUCGGCUACGACGCGAUGGUUCUCGAGGCCCAGGGCUUCGCGGAGUCAAAACUCAUGGGCCAAGUCAAAGAACUCAAAAAGAUCAUCUACUUGCUGCAGACAGAACUGGACGCGCUGCACUUCCAAAGAGAUGUUUACGCCGAUGAGGCCAAAAGGCUCAGAGGGGUUUGCCGCUACGGAGACUGGAUUCAAGACGGCCUUGCUGACCCCCUCAAGCAGCCCGAGCUGACCCCCCGGACUUUACACCAGAAGUACAGCGGGGCCCCUGUGGAGCACCA